GGAUGAUCUGAAGAUUACUGUAUUCCACCAAAUUUUGCAAAAUCUGAUAAAUAGGAAACAAUUAUUAAAUCCGUUCAGGCAGCAAGUUCAGGAGCAGUGUACCAACCGAACCAAAUACGCUAUCCAUACUUAAAAUUGCGCAUAUAUUCGUUUUAUCAAAAUAUUUUCAGAAGAAUUCACUCUCCUUGUCGGCUGUGGAGUCAGUUGAAACGAAAAAUAAUAAAAAAAUGCCUGUGCUCAACCCCCUGAGAAAUAGUUUCGAGAGCACUCACAAGAAAAAGCUACAACGAAAUAGUCUGAGUUUCGAAGUCAUGAAGCCCAUUGUGGUCGCAGAUGAAAUGUUUCCUGAAGGGCCAGGGCCUUUCAUGGAUUUGGAAGAGGCAGGAGGAUCUUCAGGGUUGUUGAUGGACUUAGCCGCGAACGAAAAGGAUGUACAUGCAGACUUCUACAAUGAUUUCGAAGAUUUGUUUGAUGAAGAUGAGGAAGCACAGAUGUAGAUAUGUUUUGAACGUAGUAAGACAUGUUUUUCCUAAGGAGUCUUUGAAUCUGUUAAAAUAUAAUGGAUUAAUUAGA